GACCGAUAGGAGACCAUAGGAGGCGUCUAGAUUUGUUGGUCACUUAUGGAGGGCGAUAUGAAGCUGGGGCAGCUGGCACCGGAGCAGUCAGUGCAGCUCUGUAUCAUGGUGCAUGGCAUGGGAGGUACUGAUGCAGAUUGGGACACCUGGGUCGAUGUGCUGAAGAACCUCUAUCCACAUUGGAUCUUAUGGCCGUUGCAAAAGAUGGCAGCAGGCUGCAGGUUCAUGAGCAAAGAUUUGCGCGAGCUUUCUGCCAUGGCGGCAACAGAGGUUCUGGAGGUUAUACAAGAGCAGAGGAGGGAUAUGAGCUCGAACACAAAGGUUGUCCUGCAUUGCAUAGGCCAUUCGAUGGGAGGCUUGAUCAUCCGUGGAGCACUGCCUAGAAUAGUCGAGGAGUUUGAUGGCUCAAUUGAGCUGGGUCACUAUCUCUCCCUUUCAUCUCCGCACCUCGGUAUACAGUCCAGCUGGCUGCAACCUUUGCAUGCUUGGCGAAACCUGUGUUGGCUCUCCUGGCCCUUUUCCAAGCAGCUGUCACAGCUUGCGAUUCAAGACUGCUCGUCCAAUCCAUUCCUGUUCGAGAUCAGCAAAUCUGAAGAGGAACACAUGAGUGUUUUGGGACAAUUUCAAGAGCAAACCUGCGUGUCUGUUGCUUUUGGAGAUCCUUUAAUUCCUGUUGCCUCCGGGCUCAUUGAUCCCGAAGUGCUCUUGACGAGUCACAGCAUGGUGGACAUGUCCUUUUGGCACUUGCGCUUUGACGAGUCCUUCUCCGAGCAGAUGGUGGGGAUGGAACACAAGGAGGCCACAGGAUGGUUGAAGAUUCCAGCGACAAUGCUCGCUGCGAUGCAGCUUCUCUUGAACAUUGUCUUCCGAAUUCUCGUAGCGAUUACAUCAUUGGGCAGUCUUGCCAGGACACCCAUCAGCAGAAUUAAUCUCAUGGAUAAGGUGAGCAUGAGCCCAAAGACUCCAUCAAGCCCAGCAAGUCCGUCCAAGUCACUCUCCUGGGCAUUUUCCAAGGAUCUGAAAUGCAAAUUUCCCGAAGAAAUCUACGAUGGACUUGUCUCAGUGCCAUGGCGCCGGGUCGUUGCUCAUGCCCAUCAUCGUUUGAUCGCCAAGAAUAUGCAUGUGUUCCUCAUCGGCAAACAUGCUGAACAGUUUGCUCACGAGAGUCGCGGCUGAAAGAGCAAGGUGUUGUUCGAAGUUUUUGCGCAUAGCAAACUUACCGUGUAGCCCACUACCGUCCUGUGUUUGGCAGACCAGUCAGAGUCGCUCCCUCUUCAUUGAUUGCAGGGCACGCUUGUUUCAAGCAGAUUUGAUUGGUCUUUUGUCAGAGAUGUACUUUUCCAUUUCCUCAUAACAGAAUGGGCUAACGCCCUAGUUCCGCCAACCUCCGCCAACCCCCUUCAUGCGUGUAGCCGGAGACCACAUAGCUGCAGUUGAACAGUUUUGUCAGGCAAUGUUUUAAAAAGAGGCAUCGGAUGCGUGCUGACUUCGACCCAUGCGCAAGAUUAUAUAACAUGAGCAGGAUCCAGAGUGCUUUGUUGAAGAUCUGGGAUAAAGCGCAACUCCAAGUGGGCCGUCUUUGACAAGCAGAAGUGGUGAGGAGGAGAAAACGGGCGAAUGUUGGGCUAAGGUGCUGAACUGCACGCUCAUCAGAAACCACAAAAGGGUGUUGGCUCAUUUUGACAGCGGUGGUGUUGACAAGAAGACGGCAGAAAUGAGGAGCAGAAGAAGCAGCAAGUAGCCGCCACCGAAGUCUUUGGACAGGCCGAAGCCCAAGAGUUACAACUGCCCCUCCACCAUCACCCGACGCAAAAGCAAUACCGGCAAUGCCCCUACGAGUGCCCCCAACAUGUGGGGGCAGCAUGAAGAGCAUAGUCUGGUCGGGGCAAACAGAAACGCAUGGAUAGGUGUGCAAGACCCGAUUCUAUGUGUCCAAUGGAAUGCCGCUGACGCCUACAAUUGCCCUUAUCCAACCUUUAUCCCAAAGAGGUACUGAAAAUGAAGUGAAGAUAGAGCAAAUCAAUCAGGCAAAAGAUAGGAAGGUGUGGGUUUACACACCGAUGCUGAUGCCCAUCAUGCUAUGCCGCUGUCCAAUCCAAGAAAGAAGUAUGGUCAGAGGUUCCCACACAUAUUCGCGCAGCCGUGCAUGCCGAUGCCCACACCGUGUCCCCGAAUGUCCUCAAAACGCUUGCCCGUCGGAAAAGGUGCCCAAACGGGCCACCAAGCAGCAUCCACAAGCGUCAGACGCCGGCUUCCAUGCCCGCUGUUCCUAGUAGCGAUGCCAGGAGCCCCCGGUAGCGUCCUUGCUCCUAGUAGUAAGGCCAGGAGCCCCUAGUAGCUUCUUGUUCCUAGUAGCGAUGCCAGGAGCCCCUAGUAGAGGAGAACGACUGUAGCAGAGGAGACGCCACCCUCCGCUGGUUCGCCGCUUGCCAAAGCUGCCCUCUUCCGUGUCCCAGGCGCCGCCCCACCUGGCUGGGGUGGGCGGAUUACUUUGCUCGUAGCACCUUGUGACGCUUCUUCAGGCACCAAAUGUCACGACAGUGCAUUGAACAGUUGGCUAAGCUCUUGGCAUGCAAUGGUCAUUAUUUGUAUGAAAGUGUGGAACAUCAGAAGACGAUGUCUUUGUAGUGAUGGAUGGCGUCCACCUUUCACGCCCUUUAAUGCCUCAUUUCGAGGCAUGGGGAAUUAUUCCACAUGCCAACAUGCAGGUUGUGUCGAAAAGCCACAACCUCCAGGAUGCAUGUGGACUCCGGCCAUCUGGAGCUGGCAAGAUCCAUAGAAGAUCGCUUGUUUUCCGGAAGAAUCCAGGUGUUCAACUCUAAUCGCGCAAGGUCCGCAAAGGGGCAAGUAUCCCAG